AUGGAGGGGCCCAAUACAGUGGAUGUGAGCUGGCUCCAUCACUGUCAUCGAGCGGAUCAGUUACUGCGGACCAAAUCCACCUCCUCAGUGCAUGACAAGCCUAAUGGACAAGCAGACCCCAAACUUGAACAAAGCGGCUCAGACAAGAAUAUAUCCCAACGAGUAGCCAACGAGCCCCCGCGAUCUACGAAUAACUCUCAACAUAAGGCCAACGGUACUACUACUGACCGCCCCCAGUCUAAUACGCGCAAUGCGCCAGACAAAAAAGGAGCCAAUGCUUCGGCUACACCCACCAAAGGAAGUGCUCCAAAAGCGGUACCGGGAAGGCGGAAUUCGUGGAUUUCAACUAUCAGCUCUAAAUUCUCUACGGGCACUACUCCGCCAGGACAAGGCGCCGCUCCCCAGGCUUCUCCAACUUUGAGCAGCCCACCCAUCAAACCAGACAUCAACCCGUUUGGUGCGUCGUUUUCUCCCAAGGAUAAAGAUGGCAUGAGCGAUUUGGCGAAUGCCUUUACGUCCGCUUCGUCUUCGCCGAAGAAUCCUUCGUUUUUGCAAAGUGCGUUUCGGAAACUUUCAUCUGGAGCUGGCGUGACAGGAAAGUCUACAAAUCACGGUGGUAUAUGUGAGCGCCGGAUAAUGAAUGUCGACCCCAACCGAGACAGGUGUAAGGUUCCCGAACUAAACCAGGGAAAAUUGAAGCGGGUCGCGUUUUGUGUCGAUGUUGAAAUAGCUGGCUUUGCAUCGCGCGAAGAUGAUGAAGUGACCCGACGGGAACCUACUAAUGUACCUACCCCGCAAGCGUCCAAGUUGAAGAGCAAGGAUAAGAGCGAAGGACCGAUUCUGAAGCAUCCUGAUGCGGUUGUCCCGGAGAAAGUAAUUCAACCGAAACCAGGGACCGCCGAUCAGACCCAGCCGACUCCAGCUGCGAACGGUGACGCUGCCGCUGAUGCUCGGACCAAGGAGCCCCCUACUAAGAAACAGGAAAAGAAGAAACGUUCAGAAGAGGAAAGAAAAGAACGCAAGGAGAGGAAGAGGAGACUGGCAGAGGAAAAUGGAACCAUUCCCAUGCAAAUCAGACAAGGGGAAGAUGAAGUACCCGCAGCACCAUCAACAGCGCCAAGCGGUUCACGAUCCAAGACACAGAGCCAUCCAACCACGGAUCCCGUGCGUAUUUAUCGCCGUUGCUGUCAGCUUCGUGAGACACCAGUUUUGAAGAAGCUUGUGGAGCAAAUGACUUCACCAUCAUCGACUCUUGUUGAGGCUGCUGGCACAGUCGCCGUUUUAGAUCUCACCGACUUCCCCAUGACGCUGGCAGAUAUCGUUACAUUCAGUGACUGGCUUGCGAUUGUUCCUGUGCGCAAACUGAUACUUGAGAAUUGUGCUCUUACAGAUGAAGGAGUGCGUUCAAUUUUGGCCGGUCUUUUAUCUACCAAAACUAUGCAACAAGCUCGAAAUAGACGCCGAUCUACAAAAGAGAAGCUUGCAUCCGUACCUCCGCCUUUUGGAGUAGUGGAAAAGGUAUCGUUGAAAAACAAUACCAAGAUUGGGCCUGAAGGUUGGCGUCAUAUUUGCCUGUUUAUACAUCUUUCCAAAUCUCUCAAAGCGAUCGACCUUUCUGGUAUCCCAUUUCCGAAAAAGAUGGGUGGUGGCGAUGGCCCAUUAAAAACAAGUGAUCUUGGAACGACACUCGCAAACUCGCUCACGACCCGUUUCGGUGGCGAUUACCUUGAGGAGUUGCUUCUCAGCGAAUGCCAACCGUCCACCGAAGAUAUAGAAAAAAUAUGCAACGCUGCAGCCGCUGUUAAGCUCAGACGACUGGGUUUUGCUAACAAUGAUAUAACUCAUGAAGGAUUGGAGCAUGUUGUCCGCUAUCUUCGAUCUGGCAAAUGUGAGGGAAUCGAUUUAGGAGGAAAUGAUUUGCACGAACAUUUAAACCUACUGGCGGACGCCAUCGAUUCGGAGAAUCCCCUGAUAGCAUUGAGUUUAGCAGACUGUUCAUUGACACCUGCCUCGAUAUGCCCUCUGCUCCAAGCAUUUACAACCCUGCCUAAUUUCCGAUUCAUCGACUUUUCACAUAACCCCGCGCUAUUCACUACUCAGCCGGAUUGUUUAUCUAUGCUUAGGAAAUUCCUGCCUAGGAUGGCAGCCUUGAAACGCAUACAUCUGGCAGAUGUGGAUCUUUCACCUGAUCAUGCAAUCGCCCUUGCGGAGGUAUUACCCGAAUGUCCAAGUCUUGCCCAUCUGAACAUUUUGGAGAAUCCGCGAAUUGCAAGUCUCGGGUCGUCGAGCGAUCCUGCGGACCAAGAGGAGGCAUGUGCUGUCUAUGCUUCACUGAUGGCGGCCGUUCGAGUAUCGCGUACUUUGAUCGCUGUGGAUAUUGAAGUUCCUGGUGCAGAAAGCAAUGAGGUUGUCAAAGCAUUGGCCUCUCAGAUUGUCGCCUAUUCUCUUCGAAACCUCGGUGCCCUUGAGGAGCUCAGCGAUAAUAGCCAAGUGCAGCGCUCAGAAGUGCCGAUUCCUGAGGUUCUGCAGCAUCUUGUGGGACAUGCUGACCCUGUCGCAUCUACGGAAGAUGAACCUGCGCCAAAUGAAGAUUACGUUAUUGGAGGAACAGGGGUGGUCAAGGCACUUGGCGUGUGUCUCGGCAACCUUGAUCGUCAACAAGCUGAAAUCGGAGGAUCACGAUCUGGAAGUGGCCGCUCAACACCUGUUCCGCAGGUCACGUCCUCUCUUAAUAAAACUAAGAAGGCCCGAGACAUGUCGAAGAAUUUGCUUGGAUCUGCACGUAACAUUCAAGCUAGGAUCAAAUUAGCUCUUGUUCGGGAGGAUAGGGCUGGCAAUGAUGCUAACUACAGGCGAUUGCAAUUCCUCGACCAAACCCUUCAGAGAAUCAUUGAGCGUUUCGAGGAAGAGUUCCCCGAAUGCCGUGUACCCACAAGCAAACAAGCAGAGGAAACAUCCUCGCAGCAAUCCAGCGAAGACAGCCAUGAACCUACCUCAGCACUCGAUAGUGUAUCCUUCUAUGUUCCUGAUAUGUCAACUGCGGAGGAUGAAGAACCAGAUCCGUUCGCUAUCCGUCUAUCACGCCGAGGCUCGAAUACUUCCCUCCACUCUCGAGCACUAACAUCAGAAGAAGGUCGUCUUCACAGGAUCAGUCAAAACCUCAGAAGAGAUUUUCUUAACCCUUCGCUCAUUGCUCCCGAAGACGGCGGCUCCGUACCUGUUGAUGAUUCUCAUAUCAACGCCCUUCGCGAGAAACUAGAGAAUCUCAAAGGAGACGAAAAAAUGGGUAAUCAUGUUGAAAGUGUCGGCGCAGAAAAGGCUUUCCACGAGCUGGGCUCUACAAUGGAAGAACUAUGGAUCAUUCAGCAACAAGAUCGGGAUGCGUUUGAACGGUGGAAAGAGAGUCAAAUUGCUGCUCAGAUCAAUGCCGGUUUACGAUCGCAUCCUUCUCAGGAUAACCAAGAAAAUUCAUCAUCGCAACCCAGCAAGUGA